GGGAGGCGGGGCCGGGCCGGGCCGGGGCGGGACAGGCCGGGCCGAGCGGGCCGGGCGGGCGAGCGGACCGGGCCGGGCGGCGGACGGCGGCAUGGAGCGGGAGUGCCGCGUGCUGUCCAUCCAGAGCCACGUCGUCCGCGGCUACGUGGGCAACCGCGCGGCCGCCUUCCCGCUGCAGGUGCUGGGCUUUGAGAUCGACGCGGUGAACUCCGUCCAGUUCUCCAACCACACGGGGUACGCACACUGGAAGGGGCAGGUGCUCACCUCGGGGGAGCUGGAUGAGCUCUACGGGGGCCUGCGGCUGAACCAGGUGAACCAGUACGACUACGUGCUCACAGGGUACACUCGGGACAAGUCCUUCCUGGCCACGGUGGUGGACAUCGUGCGGGAGCUAAAGCAGCAGAACCCCAGGCUGGUCUACGUGUGUGACCCAGUGAUGGGGGACAAGUGGGACGGCGAGGGCUCCAUGUACGUGCCUGAAGACCUGCUGCCCGUCUACAGGGACAAGGUGGUGCCCAUGGCAGACAUCAUCACCCCCAACCAGUUUGAGGCCGAGCUCCUGAGCGGCCGGAAGAUCCACAGCCAGGAAGAGGCUCUGCAGGUGAUGGACAUGCUGCAUUCCAUGGGCCCCAACACUGUCGUCAUCACCAGCUCCGACCUGCCGUCCCCGCGGGGCAGCGAGUACCUGACGGCACUGGGCAGUCAGCGGAUCCGGAACCCUGAUGGCUCGGUGGUGACGGAGCGAAUCCGCAUGGACAUACACAGAGUGGACGCUGUCUUUGUGGGCACCGGGGACCUCUUUGCCGCCAUGCUCCUGGCCUGGACACACAAGCACCCCAACAACCUCAAGGUGGCCUGCGAGAAGACCCUGUCGGCCAUGCACCACGUCCUGCAGCGGACCAUCCAGUGUGCCCAAGCCCAGGCGGGGAAGGGGCAGAAGCCCAGCCCUGCGCAGCUGGAGCUGAGGAUGGUGCAGAGCAAGCGCGACAUCGAGAGCCCCGAGAUCGUGGUGCAGGCUGCCGUGCUGUGAGCCGCCCCUGCACCCGUGACGUCGGUCCCGGAGCCACGGUGAUGCAAUCCCUCUCGUGCGUGUCCAGCGUCGCCGGUGUCCACCAUGCCGUGCCGCCCUGCUUCCUCCACCAGCCAACGACCCCAGAUGCGUGUUGAGACUGCGCCCACCCCGCAGACCCGUGUCUGCCCGCCGCCCCUCCGCAGGUCGUGCCGAGGGCCGUGUCUCUGCAGUCCCUGUCCCUUACCGUGCUCCCCGGGGCUCUCACGUGGGUGGCGUCAGGCAGAUCUCCCUGACCAGGGGUGACUGCUCAGCCACGUGAGGUCCCAUGUGAGGUUUUUGUCUCUGCUUUCCUGCUGAGCCCUUCCCGAAGGGCGGGGGACAGCGUGGCCUGUGGGGUUCCUCACCCACCAGAGAGUGACAGGACAGCUUCAGCCUGCCAGGGGCCACACACCGCAGGUGGCCUGCUGCUGGGCGGGGACGCUAGGGCGACACCGUCCUGUGUGGCCCCAGCGAGACUCCCCUCACUCUGGGCUUUGGUCCUGCACCCCCCACCACCCCACCCCAGCAAGCAGGGACCUGGGGCUUCCUGGAGCCUGUGAUGUGCAGGGUCCCGUGGGUGGGGCUCUGGGGACCCUGUCUGACAUUCCAGUUGCACACGGCGCUGUGGCAGCCUGGGGUCCGAGCAUACACCUGCCCACAGGGCCUGGAUUCUCCCAAGGAAACCCCUUGUCCCAGGUGGUGGGUUUUGACACAGGUUGGGGCCAAAUUGUAAACAGUCUUCUCUCUCGCUGCUUACGUGCGUUCUGGAGCAAGGGCGCCUCUGCCUGCUGCUAGCACACGAUCCUGCCCGUCCGCCCGCCCUCCCGCUGCCCGGCAGACCCACGUCACUGCUCUCCUGCUGGUUUUCUAACUCAGUUUCUCAGUCCUCGCGUCAUGCUCGUAAGGUGACUGCUGCCUAUCCAUCGUGCAAUACACGUCAGUGAUACA